AAGAAUUUUGUGUUUCCAUAUUUACCAGAUAGAAUAGUCCAAAGAGUUUUGUGUUCCCAGUGCUACCAAAUAGUGUAUGGUAAAAAAUAUGGUAAAAUGCCACAUCUAUUUUACAACUUUUUACUUGGUGUUGUUACUUGAUACUCCAGAACAACUUUGCUGAAAAUUGAAAGCAGCCAUGUUUACAUCAAAACAACAAAGUAUUAAAAUUGAUAAUCUUCGGCCAUCAUCAGACAGGAGAUGUUUAAAUUAUGGUCAUUUUUAGUUAUAGAAAAAUCACUUCGCACUUUUUUUUGUUGCCUUUUGGACGACUAUGCAGCUUUAGGUGAUUGAUCGAUUAUACUUUAUUAUGAUACCAAACUACCAAGAAGGCCCUUUAUGAGCUCAUGGAUACAGUGAUUAAGGCUUUACUAGUUUCUGGAUCAAAUGUUUUGUUACUGUAAAAAGAGUGAUAUACAACAUGAAACUGCCAAACAUUGCCAAGAUGCGGAAUCAGAAAAGACAGCAGAGGGCCCACCUCGCAAGAAGAAUGCCCACUUGUUCAAGGAGUGCAGUAGUUUCGAAAAUCCUGAAAGGACCAAACGCAGAUGGUCAGCAGAGGAAAAUGAGGUACUCACUCAAAUGGUAAACAAACAUGGAAUGAAAAACUGGCAAACUAUUGCAUGUGCUAUACCUGACCGAAAUGCACAUCAAUGCCUAUCCAGGUGGAAAUAUAUUCUAGACCCAGCAAUAAACAAAGAGGCUUGGUCGCAAGAGGAGGAGCUAAGAUUGAUUCGUGCACAUCAAAUUUAUGGAAACAAGUGGCGUAAAAUGGUCAAACAUUUCCCAGGGAGGUCAAAUCAUGCACUCAAAGAACAUUGGAGAGGUUCUAUGAAAAGAAAACUGGAUUCAUAUUUAGCGUCAGGAUUGCUCGAACAAGUUCCAGACCUGCUUGAAAAUCUAUCAGUUCCACAGAGCAGUCAGUCAGAUAUUCCAAAGAACAAUGAAGGCUCAUCUGAUAGAAAUCGACUUUCAUCAAUUUUACCAACAAGCCCCAAAUCUAAACAAGAGUUUACAGAACAAGGUGAAAACGCCGAUACAUCAGUGCGACAAAGCUCUGAUUUCACUCAUUCAGCCAAAGUCUCUGAAAGCAUAAAGGCCAAAUCACAACGGUGUCCAAGAACAAGAAAGAAACUGGACUCUCUGUCAACCCCAGUGGAGAUCAAGAGUGAUGUACCACAUGAAACUGCCAAACAUUGGCAAGAUACGGAAUCGGAAAACACAGAGGGCCCACCACGCAAGAAAAAUGUCCACUGCUUCAAGGAGAGUAGUUCAAAAGAUCCAGAAAAGACCAAAAGCAGAUGGUCAGCAGAGGAAAAUGAAAUGCUCACUCAAAUAGUUAGCAAACAUGGGCCGAAAAACUGGAAGACUGUUGCAUCUGCUAUACCUGAUCGAAAUGCACAGCAAUGCCAAAUAAGAUGGAAACACAGUCUUGACCCAGCAAUAAAUAAAGAGGCUUGGUCAGAACAGGAGGAGCUGAGGUUGAUUCGUGCUCAUCAGAUUUAUGGAAACCAGUGGCUUAAAAUGGUCAAACAUUUCCCAGGGAGGACAAAUAAUGCACUCAAAGAACACUGGAGAGGUCCUAUGAAAGGAAAACUGAAUUCUUAUUUGGCCUCAGGAUUGCUCGAACAAAUUCCAUACCUGCAUGAAGAUUUAUCAGUUCCAGAGAGCAGUCAGUCAGAUAUUCCACAGGACAGUGGAGGUUCAUCUUAUAGAAAUCUAAAGCCACCUGUCUUACCAACAAGCCCCAAAUCUAAACAAAAGCUCACUGAACAAUGUGAAGGAGGAGAAAGCUCCGACUUCAUCUAUACUAAAGGGCUUGAUUCUCAUUCAGCCAAAGUCUCUGAAAGGAUAAUAGCGAAAUCGAAGCAGCGUGCAAGGGCUAGAAGGAAGUUGGAUUUUCUGUCAACCCCAGUGGAGCUCAAGGUGUGCAUUGCUGCAGAGAAAUCUCAAAGGCCUCUACCGAAAAUGGAACAAAUGAGUCCAGCCGCCGAUAAUCUCUCUCCAUCAGAUGUAUGCAAGGAUAUUACGCCAAAUGAUGUUUGUUCAUCAGAAACCCCAGAUCCAUGCUCACGGGAGAUACAUGUGGAGAACGCAUCAGAUCUUCUGGAUAUGUCCUACUGUGAUGGCUUGAUGAUCGAUAUUCCGAGUUAUCCGCAUGGCGGUAGCUUCAUAUAGCAUGAAAAGUGCUGCUGACAAAAAUUGCAACUUCAGGUAUUGCACUUGCACGGUCUGCACUCUUCUUGUAGAACAAAACGAUGUGUAUUAAUAGUGAACUUAACGCUGUCUUCCUAUAAACCGACAGCUCCUGUAUAAUUAUCGUUGUGUUGGAUGAAACGUUUAUCUUGACGAGAACAGCAA